GGCAGAUUCCGGAACGGGAUGUCAGGGAGGCAUUUCGGGCCGGGAGCGCCCGGACCCGAUUAGCUGCGGGACUCAUCCUGGUUACCUUGGUAACCAGCGUCGCGGUCGGUCUGGAAGCUGCUGCUGAGACCCAAGAGCCUAUUUAACUCAAUCAUGGAGACAUCUUCGAAGGGUCUGUUUACACAAGCUAAUCAGUUAUGGAACCUCCUAGAUGAUCUUGCUGAAAGUAACCCUGAGAGCUAUAAGAAAUUCAUUAACCAGCAGCUGAAAGAAGGCAAAGAGCUCUGGGCUGCCCCAGAACCACAGUUCUGCCUUGAGACCAGGAUCUUGAAACCAAAGGAGAAAAAGCUUUUUAUCAAUCUCUGUCAGUGGAAAAGGAUCCCAUCUCCCGAGUCAGCCACUCAUCCAGUACCUAUAAGUGUUGGCCGACCAGAAGAUAUGUCUGAAACAUCAGAUAUUUACACGGUCAUCGAUGUUGCCUUCAAUCCUGAGGUCCUUGAGGCAGCAGAAAAUAACCAAGUUAGAAAAAAGGAAUUAAUACAAAUGGUCAUCAAAUGCAUCGAAGAAAAACUGCACUUCACCCUCUCUCAGUCUUACCAUAUUACCAAUUUUAGAAUAAAAGGGAAUAUCCAAAGGACAAAACAAAAUCUGAUGGGAAUCCAAACAGAUUUACGAGAGAAAACAAGAAAAGAACUAACACUGGAACAGAUAAGCAGCAAUACUAUAAGCAGUUCAGAUUACUUACCUCAACUUUUACUGACAAAAGAGCAAAAUUCCAACAAAGCAAAGUAUUUGAUAGAAGAGAUUUCCAGUACAGAAAUCCAAAUGGAGGUGAAGGAACCAGUAUAUGAACUAAAAAUUAUUGAAGAACAGAAUAAGAAGCCUCAAAAAAUUGAAUUAAAGGUUGAAUUACCUGGUAUUAAUUCAGUCUCUCUCUGUGACCUUCACGUUUCUGAGGAUGAUUUAUUGAUGGAGGUCUCUGAGAAGUACAGACUGCAUCUGAAUCUCCCAGAACCUGUGGAUGUUGAAAUGACUACAGCAAAAUUUAUCAAAGACAAAGCAACACUAAUUGUGACAAUGCCAUUGGCACAAGAGAGGAGCAGCAUGUGAUUCAAAAGUUCAGUGCUGAAGUGAUGUGAAUCUAGAAUCUUCAUUGUGACUGAAGAGGAGGUAGUGGUUUAUCUUAAUAGUUUCCUAUUUUCUAGAAUCCUUUUGAUAGAACGAGAUUUUCUCAACAACUAUUUGCUUUCCUUAAAAACUUAUCCUUGCUUCUAAGUUUGGUAGCAAGUAGAAACUAGUAAAAAAUGGCAUUGCUUUGAUAUAUUGGUCCUUUUGUUGAUUGGGAGGGCACACCCAACAGUGCUCAGGGAUCACUUUUGGUGGGGCUCGGGAAACUAUAUGUGGUCCUGUGUGCAAGGCAAACACCCUACCCACUGCACUACCAUUCUAGCCCUGUCACUGUUAUCAUCCCAUUGCUCAUCAAUUUGUUCAAGCGGGCACCCGUAACGUCUCAUUGAAAGACUUAUUGUUACUGUUUUUGGCAUAUCCAAUACACACAGGAAGCUUGCCAGGCUCUGCCGCUCAAGCUCGAUACUCUCGGUAGCUUGCCAGGCUCUCCGAGAGGGGUGGAGGAAUCGAACUCGGGUCGGCCGCAUGAAAGGCGAAAGCCCAACCGCUGUGCUAUUGUUCCAGCCCUAGAAAAUAAAAAUAUAUUGGUCUAAAGUAACUUCAACAUCAUUUUGGAAAAUUCUGUUUCUAACAUGUGAUAACUCUUGUUUUACUGUUUGAAGAAAAACCUAUUAAAUUUUUUAAUCAAGGCUUGAAAGAUAUCUUAACAGGCUGAAAGCAUGAUUGCAUCCAGGAACCCAGGGAUUGAGCACCACAUGGUCUCUAAAACAGUGCCAGCAUUAACCCCAAAUCAUAGAGCCAGAAGCCUCGAAGCACUCCUUAACCCUCAAAAAUCUUAUAAUGCUUUCUCCUUUUUCUACAAAAUUACUAUCAAAUGUUAUUUCCUCAAAAUAUGCAUACCUAGGGGGCUACAGGAUGGCUCAAAGGACUGGUACAGUGUGUAGGAGCCCUGGGUUCCAACCUAGGACUUUACAGUCUCCUGCACCCCUGGAAGUAGUGCCCCAAGCACGGUGGAUUUGGCCCAAUAGAAACAAAACAAAAAGCUCCCACACCUAACUAUACAGAGCUGGCUCAAUCUCAACUCGUGCUCUUUCAGCAGUUACACGUCUCUUAAGGUCAGCAGCUAAACUUUGUAUACUAGUUAAUAAAUGCUAGUCAUGAUGAAUAUGCUUAAUAUUAAAUUUAUAUCCUAUUCCCAAAAUGCUUUUGCAUAUGCUUGGUUGCAGUCCUUACUGGGAUCACAUUAUUUUCAGUUGUGGUCCACCAGAGGUUUACAUGCUUUGUUUUAGCACCCCAGCUGGAGCGAUAGCACAGCGGUUGGGCGUUCACCUUUCACGAGGCCAA